AUAACAUGCCUUCUCGCAUGCCAUCACAAAUGGAAGAAUCAAUCAAACCCCAUAAGGCACUUCGCGUUGAUGGAUGAGAAUAUGCAAUCAUCCAGCGGAAAUACUCUUGAGCGGGUAAAUACAACAUGGCGGUCUCAGCGAGCAGAGUGCGGUAUCACAGAUUACCUGUAUAUUGGUUUGUCCGUCUAUGUAGUGAAUCUGGAUACCCCUUAUCACACAUUUAUCCACAGAGAAGGUCACUGAGCCUCAAUGGUUGUCAGAUGUAUUCUAAAUCCUCGUCUGUAAUGGCGAAAAAAUUGAAUCAAACAGGAACGAGACGGCAUGCGCUCGGUUUUGACAAAACGAAAUCUCUUCUGAGGUCACACCAUAUUCGGGACGAUCGCAUAUCAGGAACACGUUCAAAGGAUCGUAAGGUUUUAAGAGAAGAGGAUGAUCCUGAGUCUGACCCGGAGACUGAGGACGAAGGGGAACUGAAUAGAAUUUCAUAUAAGGAACUGAAAAGUCAGAAAUCUGGAAAAGGGUCUUUACGACCCUCUAGAUAUAUGUUUAGGGAAGUUGGAGCUACAGGGGAGGAAGAAAAUCAAUGGGAAAGAAAAAAUGCCGCUAUAGAUCGCAAAGGAAAAGUCAAUUGGUAUGCAAGACAAAUGUUGAGGCUUUCUCAAGAGGGCAAGGUUGAUGAUGCCCUUAAACUCCUGUCAUCAAUGAAAGAGGACAAACUUAACCCCAAGAUUGAAGUUUACAAUAUUUUCAUCUCUGCAUAUGCAAAAAGUAGGGAAGUCAAGAAGGCUUUCAAACUCUACAAUGAUGUAAAGAAAUGGGGUCUGAGGCCAACUGCGUAUACCUACUCAAGCUUGUUCUAUGCUUGUACUCAAGCUCAAGUUACAGAACGUACUUUGGAGAGAGUAGAAAAACUUUACACUGAAAUCAGCCUCAGAGUUCCCAAAGAUGAACUGGAAAUGAAUCUUAUUACAUACAAUGCAGCUAUCCAGGCCUUUGCUGUUUGUGGUAAUCCUGACAGAGUAUUUGAUGUGUAUCAGGAGAUGCGAAAAAACAAGUUUGUUCCUGAUGAAUACACCUUCACAUCAUUAUUAGCAGCCUGUUGCCUCGAUCCAGAUGAAGGCCCUAGACUGGCUUUUCAACUACUUGAGGAAAUGAAGUGGUUUAGAUUACGGCCAAAUAUUUAUAUUUACAAUUCGGUGUUGAAAGUUAUGAGAAAUUUUAAGCUUUCUCAGCAAAAACAAACUCUAUGCCUGCCCAAGGAUGCAAAGAGUCCAGUGAAAGGUGAAAGAACAUCUGAACAUGAAACUCGAUUUGAUGGUGACAGUGAAACAUCAGACAGUGAAAUAAAUUAUGAAUUUAGUUCCUCAGAGAAUCAUUUGCAGGAAGUAAGCAUGCUUGAAAAACAGAAUGACAAGAGUGUAGAAUUGCAGGACUACUUUCCUGGUGUGGAGAAGUUUAUCCAAAUAAUGGCUCUUGAGGAUGUUAAUCCUGAUAUACGCACCUUUCAAAUGCUGCUGCACCUCACAGCAUCAAAAUCAGAAGAAGGGUAUUUGAUGAAUCUUAUGAAAAGUUGUAAAAUUACCCCAGAUGCUAUUUUUUUUCACUCUAUUAUCAAGACAAAGGCUUUAGAGGGUGAUCUUAAGCAGGCAAAGGAGUAUAUGAAUCAACUGCAGGAGAAACUAAAAUUUUCCCCAUCAGAAGCUUCCUACCAAGCUCUGGCUUGUGGAUGUAGAAAUCAGAAUCAAGGACUUGCUUUAUUAGAUGACAUGGAGGCUGAGGGAAUCACAGCUGGACAGUCUGUGUAUGGGACACUGAUAGCAGGUGCAGCUAAACUGCGGCAGUUCACUUACUUGGUCAAGUUAGUGAAGAGAAUGACAAAGGACGAUGUGCGACCCAGUGCUAGGAUGACAAAGAUACUGGAGAGGAUGUACAGCUUACCCUGUGAGAAACCUAACAUCUCGAAUGACAUGCCGGACCGUGUGGUGGAGUUGAAAAGAUUCCGCUUCGUUGAGCAGAAGGGUUUCCGGACAUUUUAUGAAAUCUGGAAAUCGAAACGUCUAACAAGCAAGAAUGCAGCAACAGGGACUAAACCAGGUUCCAGUAUGGAAAACUCUCAUCACGAUAGAGAUGGCGAAAGGAGUAAAGAUGACGUUCUCAAUGACAUCACCAGUGACGAUGACCAUGAUUCUGAAUUUAGCCAUCUUUAAGUACUGUGAGGACUUUGCUGGUGAUACGUCGCUUUGACAAACGGCUUCAUGCGUAUUGCUGCCACAACAAGUUGAUGAGAUUCACUCUUUCGCUGCGAUUACUGACCACCCGUUCAAACCAGUUUAAAUUUCCCCCCAGGUGAAGAUUUUCUUAAAAAUUUUCCACGUGUCAGUGAGAAAGCUAAUCUCUGCAGCGACCUUGCUCGGUACUGUGUCUUGUCGUGUUACUUUCCCUUGCUUUGUUUAUUAGCACUUAAUAAUACAAUUGAUUUGGAACAUUUUUGUUUCUUACAAUAUGAUUAGUUGAUAUCGUUCAAGUAACCCGUAUGCGCUGUACGCUCUCUAUCAACGCUUUCUUUGUUGUAUUGGCUAAAACGAUUACUUCAGCCAUCCGAAAGUGCCGCAUGCUGAUCAAACACCAAGUGCACUUAGAAGGAUUUUCUGAACGACUGAACCAACUCAACUUGUCUGUAGCUCACUUUAUUACAUACUCCAAAGAAGUACUCACCUGUAUUCUUUACUAUAUGUAAUAAUAUUUGAGAGUAACACAGAUUUGUUAAAUAAAACUUCUAAUUAGAAGUAGAUUCCGCUCUAUGAUGGUUGAUAGUAAAAUUAUAAAAAAUUCGACAGCCGUUUGGAAUUUCAAUGACUCUCUUAGGUCCUCUUUGUUUUUAUAGAAAACUAACUAAGAACUAUUUGUUCCUCACUGAUACAGAUUUCUUUCUAAAAAAUUAUUUGGAGAAAUACUAUUAUAAUGCUCUAAAUACAAAACUGAGUUUUUCUAUAAUCGCUUGGUCAUUGGAUUUUGUUUUGUUUCGCCGUUUUACUUUUGCCAUGCAUUUACUACAUUUUACGCUUUCACACAUCUUCACAAGGAGGAGAGGCGAAUAUAACUGCGAGAAUCAUUAUACUCCUUUUUAACAUCAUCUCCGGUUUACUUAAGGAAAUAUAUAAGAGUUAAAAAGUCCAUCCCUUGUAAAAAAAAAAACCUGUUCACUAAUCCAUGGUCAUAGAUACAUAGCAUCCGAUGGUAAACUAUGUUUUUCUCUCGAAAGCGUGAAAGGCACCAGAAUAAAAAAAAAAAAAA